AUGCCUGCCUUACACGAAUUCCACCCUGGACACCUCAAAAUGCAAGAUAGCAAGGCUCUAGAUGUAACUCUUGGCCAACUAUUGUCGCCAAUGCCAGCAGAAGCAUCACCCACCUUCCAGUACUUUAAUUAUAUGGAUGAGGCAUCUGAUGUGACUCCCUCUGCAACCGCCAGUCGCUCUGAAAGGUCUGAAUAUCUUGAUGAAGGCUGUAUCGGCUUCAUGGAUCUCAUUAUGCCCGAUCUGGAGCUACUCGCCGCCUGUGCGUCGCCUUCAAUAAGUGAUGAAGGAAGAUCCGACCAAUAUAAUUGCACAAUCAUCCCAGAUAUUGACAUUGACGCUCAAUGGUCAUUGUUGCCUCUGCCUUCUCUGGAAGCUGCCAACCCUGUCAAUGUCAUGGACGUCUUCAAUUACAAUCUUGUAAAUGUCGACAACACUGUUGGAACCGAGGUACUACUGGCUGCUCCUAGCCCAGUGUAUGAUGCUAAGGAUGUUCCAGCUCGUAUAAGGGAUCGUAGAGACUCUGCUCUGGAUAUUGCGGCACCCAUCACCAAGAAGGUAGUUAAGAGGCCCACCACAGUAGAGGAAGAGGAAGACACCACUUCUGAUGGAGAAGAUAGCAACUAUAGUAACGACUCGGAAGACGAAAAACCAAGAAAGCAAACCUCAAAAACAGCAAACCGUCGUAAAACCAGCAACCACGUCACCGCUGGUAAUGGUCGAAUCACCAAACCAUGUGUUGCAGUAUUAAGCAAAGUACUGGAACAAACAUGCUAUCCAGAAACUAGUGUAAGGAAGCUGUUGGCUGAACGGAUGAAUAUGAGACCAAGGACGGUGCAGAUAUGGUUUCAGAACAAGAGACAGUAUAUGAAGGCUAGUGGGGUUAGUGAAGGGUUGAGGAACAAGAGAGGAGAUCCAUACAAGAUACCAACAGGAAAGAAGGUGGUUAUUGAGACGUUGGGUGAAGAUGUUGAGAGGUGGUGUGAUGAAGCUGGCUUUUAA